CCACGUUCCUACCCACCACUGAAAUCUGUCACUGUCACCCACUGCCUGCACCACAGAGACAUGGGCAGGGAACUGAGCGAUGAUGGGCCCAGGUGAGUAAGAGCCAACAGAUGUGCACGGCUGUGAGCUGGCAACCAGAAAACCCCUGGAUCCUUCUAGACGUAUGUCCACCGGAGUCCUCUCCAUUCAGUGGUCCAUCAUCCAUUGAGCUGUGGAGAGACCCAGACAGGCAGCAUCCAUCCAGCUAUGCAGGCUUCCUGGCUGACACAGGUCGUGUACUUCCCCUCACCCCAUGUGGUUGGCUGUGGUUAGAAACUGAGAUGCCUGAGCCCUGCAUUUAGACGAGUGUGUGGGUAACCCUCAGGUUUCCUGCCCCCAAGAUCUCCCCCCUGCUGAGUCUAUAAAGCCCCCAGGCCUGAGGCAGAUGCACUGUCCCUGCACUAAGAAAAGGAGUACUUGUGGCACCUUAGAGACUAACCAAUUUAUUUGAGCAUAAGCUUUCGUGAGCUACAGCUCACUUCAUCGGAUGCAACCUGAAACCUGUCCCUGCACUGACUCCAAAUAUGAAGGUACAGAUCUUGCUCCUGCUCCCCAUGGCCUUUCUCCUGCCCCCUGGGGCUUGGGCUGGUGAGAUCAUUGGGGGACAGGAAGCCCAGCCCCACUCCAGGCCCUACAUGGCCAAUCUGGAAAUACGACGCGGAGACAAGAGCUAUCGCUGCGGAGGGUUCCUGGUGAAGACAAACUUCGUGCUGACGGCCGCUCACUGCCAGGGAGACGAGAUCACUGUCACACUGGGAGCCCAUAACAUUAGACAACAGGAAGAGAGCCAACAGAAAAUCCCUGUGAGGCGCCAGAUCCUGCACCCGCGAUACAACAGAGACACCAUUAGCAAUGACAUCAUGCUGCUGCAGCUGCAACACAAGGCGCGUCUGACUAAAGAGGUGGGACUGAUUGAUUUGACUUCUGCUCAUCACAGAGUGAGCCCGGGGACCAUGUGCAGCGUGGCUGGCUGGGGGAGGACUAGCCUGACUGAUACACCCAACACCCUUCAGGAAGUGAACCUGUUGGUGAUAAGCGAUGAGACCUGUUACAACCGGUACCGUUACUAUUACCCCUCCAGCAUGCUGUGCGCAGGGGACCCUGAUGACCAGAAGUCAACUUAUCUGGGCGAUUCUGGAGGCCCGCUCGUGUGCUGUGGAGUUGCCGAGGGCAUCGUCUCCAAGUGCAUCAGGAACAGCAUCGCGCCUCCUGCUGUGUACACACGGAUUUCCCACUUCAUGCCCUGGAUCACUGACACCAUGAGAGGAAUCUAGCAACACAGAGCCCCUGGCCAGCCACAGCCUUCUGCUACACAACCUGCUCCUGCAAACAUGUGAUCAGACUUCCCUCUUAGUCUGGGCCUAGCUAUUCAUUGAUUUAUGAUCAACAUAGUCCUUGUGGCCAGAUCAGAGAUGGCGCCCUGUAAUGGGGAAAGGCCCCGGGUCCCAUUCCCCACCCCUCUGAGCCAGCCAGUCCCCCACCCUGGGGCCAGACUGGAGCUGCCACCCCCCAGGGAGACCACAUACCACGUUCCUUUCUGCUUGUACCCUGGAUAGUCUCUGUAAAGCGCUGAGGAAAAUAUGCAACGUUCCCUGCUCUGUGGAUCACAGAUACAGCUUGUGAUACACUAAAUGGCUUUUUGCAGCA